AUGCCGGGCGGCCAGGGAUACCGCGCCUGCACCAGGCACACCUUCCAGCGCGGGUACAGGACAAAGGGAUUCAUCCCUCUGACCACCUACCUGCGCAACUACCACGUCGGCGACUAUGUUGACAUCAAAGUGAACGGCGCCGUGCACAAGGGUAUGCCCCACAAGUACUACCACGGCAAGACCGGUGUGGUCUGGAAUGUGACCAAGCGCGCCGUGGGCGUGGAGAUCAACAAGCAGGUGAAUGGGCGGUACAUCAAGAAGCGCAUCCACGUGCGCAUCGAGCACGUCGCCCCCUCUCGCUGCAAGGAGGACUUCCUGCGCCGCGUCAAGUCCAACGACGAGGCCCGGCGUCAGGCCAAGGCCGCGGGGGCGCCCAAGCCCAUCACCAAGCGCCAGCCGGCGGGUCCCCGUCUGGAGGGCUUCACCCUGGAGAACGUGAGCAUGGAGACCAUCACCCCCAUCCCCUACGAUAUUCUCAAGGAGGGCGUGCUCUAG